GACUAAUUAACAUUUUCGUAAAAAUUCUAAAAAAAACCUUUAGGAAGUGAUUGAUUUUAGUUUUGAAAUUUGACAGUACAGUUACCAAAUAUCUCAGUGACUUUAAUAUCAUUGAUUGAAGCCACUAGAAAACCAGGAUCUUCUAAAACCAUACAUAUACAUCUAGUUUCUGUACAUCAACUAACUUGUCAACUACAACUUUUGUCAUAUCUUCUAUUUUCUGUUUUCCGUCGGAUUUUCGAGAAUCAAGAAAGGUUUAGUCUAGGAAGGGGCUAAUGUGUCCGUUCCUAACGCUCGCGGUGCAUGUGACGGAAUAAGCAGAAGCAGUCAUACUUUUCAUAUUUAUAUCUAUAAGUCAUAGUAAAUGCUCUAAGUGUUUCAAUAUUUCUUUACCUAUCCAUAUUUUGCCUUAUGUAUUAUGAAAUAUUUGAGCAAUAAUAAUAAUGUAUAUACUGAAAAGUAUUCACAAAUUUUUUGCCGGUUUUAUAGCCACAGUCUUAACGAUAUAACAAAACCUUUAUGCAUUGAGUAGGUGUUAAAUACGGUAUUUAUCACGCCAUUAUUCAGAUAAUAUAUCAAAAUAUGUACAGUCACUUAAUUAGUAUUGAUUAAGAGGUCGUACAGCGUUGGCUAUUCAUAUGAAUCAGUAGAUAGCAUUUGUAGGCGGACAAUUAAUUAAGGCUUUUCAUUUGCAUUAAUUAUACCCGGAAUUCGGAUACAGUCAUUAAGAUGCUUGUAUCUUGAUGAAGUACUAUUAUACUAUUUCUACCAUUAGAUCAGGUUCGUCUCUAAUGAAUUGGUGAUUCAGAAUGACGGAGGCGAAACGAAGAAUAUCAACAAGAUCAGUUUAUGUGUUUAUCUAUUUAUGUAACAUGAAGGGGUUCACCUAUUCAUUAUUAUUUUUAUGUUGUUGUUUUGUAAGUCGGUUAAAACUUAUUUUUGAGAAUUUUUUUCAUCUUCACGACGGAAUGCUAGUUAUUUGUUGGUCUUAUUUACACUGAUAUGGAAUUCCUUUUAAUGUUUAAGGUAUCUUUAUCCAAUGCUACAUCAUCCUCAACCAUUAUCUGAAUGGAAAUUACAACGUUUUCGUUUUAUUCAAGCCGCUCUAUAUUGGAAUGCAAAUUCUAGACUACAUGCUAUGUGGAAACGUCAAGAGGAAAUGAUUAAUCAUUUGUCUGUAACUGCAACAAAAGUUAAACAGGCUCGACCAAACGCUUCAGUUCGUGAAAAUAUUCUUUAUACGCAUCUAAAACGGUUUAUGUCUGAACUUUCUAAAAGCUACCAUGAUAUAUCGUCAUCAUCAUCGCACAUUGAAACAACAGAUAAAAACAUUUCAAUGUUACGAUCCAAUUCUUGGGCAGAUGAUCAGUUGAUCAGUGAUUUCUCCAAACUAGAUUCAGAAUGGUCAAGAAACAAAUCUGCCGAUAAUAUUCUAAGUGAAUAUCAACUAUCUCAAUAUGAUCUUGGUUUGAGAAUGCCAUAUAACCCUGGACUAAUAACUCAUAGACUUGACAUUACUGCUUGUUCUUACUUUACAUCAUUCACUUGUCCAUUGAGACUUGUAUUUCAUGCAUUGGAUGCCGGUACUGAACCAUUUAUGGUUAUGUUUAAGGUUGGCGAUGAUUUACGCCUGGAUAGUUUAAUCUGUCAGCUGACUUUUCUUAUGGAUCGAAUAUGGUUAGAUGCUGGAUUAGAUUUACGCAUGAUUCAUUUUCGUAUUCUGCCAACCGAAGAACAAAAAGGUUUUAUUGAAUUGGUUUCAGAAUGUAGUACACUUCGACAGAUUCAACAACAAGGUGGUGGUUUAACUGGACCUUUCAAAGAAGGUGUUAUCACGAAAUGGUUGCAAUCACAAAAUAUUACUGAAUUGGAUUAUAAACGAGCUUUAGAUAAUUUUCUACGUUCAUUAGCUGGAUGCUGUGUAGCAACGUAUAUACUCGGUGUCGGUGAUCGGCAUAAUGACAAUAUUAUGAUACGUUAUUCUGGCCAUGUAUUUCAUGUUGAUUUUUCUAAGGUAUUUGGAAAUAGCCAGACAUUUGCUGGUAUUAAAAGAGAUCGUGUACCUUUCGUGUUGACACAAGAUAUGUUACACGUGUUAAAUACCUAUUCUAAAGAUGUAACAAAUUUACCGUAUGGUGUAAAUAAUUCAUCAGGAUUUGGUUAUACACCAGGUCAUGGGUCUAGUCAUUCACAACAAGGUGUACAAAUCUUUAUUGACAGAUGUUGUGAAGCUUAUAAUUUACUAAGACAUCGUUCAUAUCAACUUAUUUCAUUGCUUGAAUUAAGUUUAUCAAUGAAUAUACCAGGAUUGAAUCGUGACUGUAUUCGAUUUGUUUUAAGAGCAUUACGAUUAGAAUUGAAUGAUCAAGAAGCGAGCCAAUAUUUUACUGAAUUAGUUCGUAAGACUUUACACUCAAAAUCUUCUAGUCUGAACUUUUUUGUACAUGGAUUGGCUCAAGUUAAACAAGCUUCUCAUGGUGGAGGUGUUUCUGGCACAAAUACAAAUGCAUCUGACAAUAAUUCCCCUCCAAUCAUAAACAAUCAAUUUGAUAAUCAUUGGAAUACAGAUAAUAAUAUUAAUAAUAACAAUAAUAAAAGAGUUAACAACAAUAAUUCAAACAUUAGUGGUAAAUUGGUUAAUGAUUCAAAGACUCGAUCCCCUCCGACUAUAAGUAAUUCCCUUUCAAAUUACACUGGGACUGGACAAAUAUUUAGUUUUAACCCGAAACGCUUCACAAAUGACUCAGAUGGAACUAUUGAUGCGAUUGUAGUGGAAACUGCGGUGAAAAAGAAAACCGAUGAUAAACAUUCCGAUUAUUACUUCCCAAUGAAUGUUUGGCGGGAAAAUUGUCGAGUUCCAACUAGAGUUUAUCGUCGCGUUUCAGAUUUAGAAGAAUUAGAAACGCGAUUGCAAGAACGUUUCCCAAAUUCAGCUGUUACUAAAACUGUGUCGCAUAUCAUGAAUGCUUUAAAUUCAAUAAGUAUUAGUUCUACACGAUCUCAAGAUCAUGUGCAAUCUUUAACAGACAGCUUACUUUCAGAUGAUGAUAUUGUGUCCAAAAGUGCAAUCGUAUAUACUUUCUUUCACAGUGUAUUGUUCGAUGAAAGAUUUACUGCUGAAGACAUGCCAUCACAAGGGCUGACAACAUCAACUUCAUCAUCAUUAAUCAAUUGUUGGUCAUCUUCAUCACCAUUACAAGAUUAUUUACCUGAAAAAUCUAAAGAAUACACAACUCCUUUACUCAUUCCAUCAUUAUCUUCAUCAUCAUUAUCAUCGUUUCAUUUGUUUCAUAAUAAUUCUGAUGAUUUAUUAAAAUCAACAUAUAAAGUAGACCAUUUGCCAGCUGUACAUAUUCAGUUAUAUUUAAGUGAGAAUUCCAGACGUUUAGAUGUUUUAAUCAAGCAUGCCAGAUGUUUAUACAUCCCCGGAUCGAAUGAGCCACCAGAUGUGUAUGUAAAAGUUUAUUUACUUUCUGGCCGACGUCGUAAAACAACUAAACAUAAAACAAACAUUGUUCGACGCUCUAGCUUUCCAUCAUUCAAUAUCACAUUUUCCUAUGACCUCAUUCCAAAUGAUAUACAGUGUGGUUUUAUUGAAGUUUCUGCUUGGCAUUCUGUUCAUAUUGGUGAAAAUAUACCAUUUGGACAAAUCUACAUUCAACUGAAAUCAAUUCGUCCAGGACAUGUAUACUCAAACUGGUAUAUACUAUGCUCAGAUCCAGCGUGUUUAAGUUAAUUCCUUUACGGAUAAAAUACUAAGCCUUACAUUCUGCCCACCGCUUUCAAUUUAUUUAUUCUUAAUACACAUAAACUAGUUCCGUCGUUGGAACAAAGUAUACAUCCUAAACUUCUUAUUUCUGCUCCAUUAUCUACGAAUUUAAUUUGUGACUCGUUUAUUUCAACUACACAUGUAUUAUUUAUGCAUUAAGAUCAUUCCAGCUAUUUAAUUGUCUUCUCACUAUUAUAUUUUUAUUGCAUCAAUGAAAUUUCCUACACUAACAAAUCCCAUAUUAUAGAUCCACUGAACAAUCAGCCAUCUCAUCUAUUGACACGCGGAACGAAGCAGCGUGAUUUCUUACGAAGCUGCUUAACAUAUCGAAAACUUUAAAAUCCCUCUUUUUUCAAAUGAGUAGAAUACAUACAUUUAUACGUAUACUUAGUUAGUCACCUGUUUUUAGAUAGAAAAUAAAGUAAGCUUCCGUAACCAUUCUCUCUUACUCAUAUGCUCACAUUUCGGCAUGUUAUAGAUUCUAUUGUAUUCUACUCAUUUCUUUCCAUUACCAAGAAGCAGUCAGAAAUAAUAAAAAAACUAAUCUGACUUGUAAGCAACGCUUGCAUUUCCUUUGUUCUAUUUCGAUAAACCUCUAUUGUGUAAUAAUUUUAUUUUCAUGUAUUGUUUUACAAUGGUCAAAAUCGACGUGUCGGAAUACUUCUUUUGUAUGAUAUGAGUCUAAUAAAUAAAAUAAAAUUUGUAUUUGUGCUUGUAAUCACUGGAAUAUACAUAUACACUAAUGUACUGUUGAUUUCCUUUUAUAUUGAUCUUUUUUAUUGUUGUGAUUGUUUUCUCUUAUGAUUUGUGUCUACUUGGUUGUGUAAAAUAAUGUCUUUCCUGUAUGUAUAUAGAAUAAUAACUGUUUAUUAUAGUCUACAUAAUAUUUUUUAAUAUUUUUGAAAUGAUUUUUAAUGUGAUUAAUAUCCAUAUGCUCAUUCGUUUCUUCCUUUUUUGGUAAAGAUUUUUAUUAUGAAAAUGAAUAAAGUGAUUGUAGUUAUAAACU